AUGGGUCAAUGUCAUAUUUACUCACUUCCAUUCACUAUGGAACGUAUUGAUACGCAUAGUAGAAAAUUUCCUGGUGGUUUAUUCAUGACUGUUCGUCACUUAGUGGCGGAUGAUUUAUUUCGUCCAUUUGAAUAUGAUUUCUUUGUCCGAAUCUCUCAAGCUUUUCCAUUAUUAAAUAAAUUGACAAUAGUUAAUGAAAAUGAACAAGAGAAGAAAUUAACACAUCAACACGAUGAACAUAAACAAAUAUCUUCGAUUAUUAAGUUUUCUCAUCUUAUGAUACUUGAUCUUUCAAUGUGUGAUAUCGAUUAUGUGAAACAAUUGCUUUUCGACUUCAACGCAUGUUUACCUUGUCUUAGCACAUUAUAUAUCAAAUAUAUAGAUUUGGAGAUCGUAACAGGGUAUUUUACAAAUAAUGCUGCUCGUGUUAAUUGUUCAAAAUUAACACGUAUUAUCUUUGAUUCACCACCAAUGAUAUAUUCAGAAAAUUUUCACCCUUAUUUUCCUUUGUUGUAUUGUAAAUAA